GGUUGUUACAUACAUCUUGCAAAAUUCGACCACGUAUACUGUUUAAUUUCGUUGAUUUGGUUGUCAAAUAUACAAAUUUGCUGCAAUUAUUGGCAUCUGGGUUUUGGAAGCAUGAGAGGUUGCCGAAGCAUCCUUGCAGCGGCGCCGCUGUUUUUGGCAUCAAGAAGUCGAAAAAAUGGGGCCUUUUCCAGCAUUUCAAGUGGAUUCUGUAAUCUAGUCGAAUCACAGGAAUCGCUGGAGCUCCCCGAUUGGUUUAUGUACCCAGAGGAUGAUCCGUCUUAUGUCGGUUCAGAUGAUGAGUUUGUUCUCCCACCCGAAGUCGAAUUCUCAGACGAUAGCAUUAACAGUUCGAAACCCCCCAACUCUUUGAAGGUUUUUUUUAGGGCUGUUUCUCGUGAUAUCACCGAUUUUGAGGUGGAUGUUGAGCAAAUUAGUCGCAUUUUAAACUCUAAUUUCUCGUCUCCUGAGGCAGUGCUUAUAGCUAUCGAUGAUGGGUGCUCUAUCAGGAUCUCUAAGCCCUUGGUUGAUAAGAUAUUGCAGAGGUUUAAUAAUGAUUGGGUUCCUGCUUUUGGUUUCUUCAUGUGGGCUGGUACCCAGAGAAAUUACUAUAUGCACUCGGCUGAUACUUACGACGUGAUGGUCGACAUUUUAGGUAAAUUUAAGCAAUUUGAUACUAUGUGGGGAUUGAUCGAGGAGAUGGUUCGACUCGGGGGUUUAGUGUCUCUAGCAACUAUGACAAAGGUCAUGAGAAGACUUGCCGGCGCCGGAAGGUGGAGUGAGGCGAUAAAUGCGUUUAACGGCUUCGAGCAUUUCGGAGUUGAGAAAGAUACCCAAGCCAUGAAUGUGCUAUUGGAUACCCUGUGUAAGGAGAGGAGUGUGAGGCAUGCAAGAGAUGCCUUUCUGGAGCUAAGGAGUGAGAUACCACCCGACGCCAGUAGUUUUAAUACUUUGGUCCAUGGGUGGUGCAAAGCUCAAAAGCUAGAAGAGGCUCGAGAAACUAUGAAGGAAAUGCGACAAUUUGGUUUUUAUCCGUGUGUUAUAACUUACACUAGUCUAAUUGAAGCAUAUUGCUUGGACAAGAAUUUCACAAUGGUCGAUGCAGUUCUUGAUGAGAUGCAUGCCCAAGGUUGUAAUCCAAAUGUUGUUACUUACACUAUUGUAAUGCAUUCAUUGGGGAAGGCAAAGAAAACCCAAGAAGCUCUCGAAAUUUUUGAUAAAAUGAAGAAGGAUGGUUGUAUUCCAGACACUUCGUUCUACAACUCUUUAAUCUAUAUACUCGGUAGAGCUGGAUGGUUACGAGAUGCCAAUAAUAUAUUUGAGGAGAUGUGCGGAAGUGGGAUAUCUCCAAAUGUGAAUACAUUUAAUACAUUGAUUUCAGCUUUCUGUGAUCAUUCUCAGGAGGAGAAUGCCCUAAAGUUGCUGGUUAAAAUGGAAGAGACCUCGUGCAAGCCGGACGUAAAGACUUAUACGCCCUUAUUGAAACUGUGUUGUAAAAGGCAAUGGGUGAAGAUACUAUAUUUUUUAUUAGGUCAUAUGCUUAGGAAAGAUAUCAGCCCUGACUUUAGCACCUAUACUCUAUUAGUUAACGGGCUUUGUCGAAACGGUAAGUUAGAGCGGUCGUGCCUAUUUUUCGAGCAGAUGGUAUUGAGGGGUUUGAUUCCCAACGACAAUACAUACAAUAUGCUAAUGGGGGCACUUGAAAGGAAGAAUAUGGACAAAGCGAAGAGAAAGAUUCACCAAUUGAUGAUUAAGGCAGAGACUUUGAAACCACCUCGUCAGCGAGCCGUGGCCAAUAGGAACCAGACUAGACAACAAUCUAUUGGGUUGUCAUGAUUGGUUUUUCAAAACUUGCUAAUAAGUUUGGAAGUUUCACAUGUUUUCACAUAUUGGCUUGUCAUGAUUGGUUUUCCAAAAUAUGCUAGCAAAUGCAUGUUUUCAACAAAUGCUUUAUCGCUUAUUGGUGCUUUGUUGAACAAUGAUUCUCAUACAUGUCUAGGCACCCAUCGCUGGACCCACGAUUGACCAUUAACAAUUGUUUAAGUAUGGAUACCUUGGAAUGUAUUUUUCUCCGUCUUAAAGAUUUAUCCAAGUCAGCUAUUUGUUUUGGGAAUUACCUCAUCCCAUCUUUUCUCAUCGAGCUCCUCACCUACUCCUAUAAGGUGUGAAGAAGAUGACUAAUUAGUGGAUCAGCUAAAACGUGGAGCUCCACCUCAUUUACU